AUGGCUUCCCUAUGCCCUCCACCCCCUUCCAUUGCCUCCCCACCUUCGGGGACCCACUUUGCUACUUCUUCAUUCUCUCCCAUAUUCAGAAACCACAAGUCCAAUGCCCCAAAAGUAGCGAAACCAAGCCAAUACUACGUUUCUAGAGUGUCAUGCAAAGCCACAAAGGGUGACGAUAACAACCUUGGAAUGUUUGACAGAAGAAACAUCCUCAUAGGUCUAGGAGGCCUUUGUGGUACCCUUAACAAUGACUCAUUGUCCCUUGCCGCUCCCAUCACCCCUCCAGAUCUAACCAAAUGUGGUCCGCCUGACCUACCCUCUGGAGCCAAACAAACAAAUUGUUGCCCCCCAAAUUCCUCAAACAUCAUAGAUUACACACUUCCAACGAACCCCAAAGUUAAGGUUAGACCCGCCGCUCAUUUGGUAGAUGCCACAUACCUCCAAAAUUACAAAGAAGCCCUUCGUCGCAUGAAAGCGCUCCCUCCCAGUGACCCACGCAACUUCACCCAACAAGCUAACGUCCAUUGUGCUUAUUGUGAUGGUGCAUAUCACCAAGUUGGGUUCCCUCAACUAGACUUCCAAGUUCACAAUUCUUGGCUCUUCUUUCCCUUUCACCGUUGGUACCUAUAUUUCUAUGAGAAAAUCUUGGGGAGCUUGAUCAAAGACCUUGACCCAAAUUUUGCUCUACCCUUUUGGAAUUGGGACUCUCCUAAUGGCAUGCCAAUGCCUGCCAUGUACACAGAUCCCCAAUCACCACUUUAUGACUCCCUCAGAAACGCCAAUCAUAAACCGCCAAAACCCGUUGACCUUGACUACAAUGGCACUGAAGACCAAAGCACAACUCAACAACAAAUAUCAGCCAACCUCAACAUCAUGUAUCGGCAACUUGUGUCAAGUUCAAAGACUCCAUCUCUCUUCUUUGGUAGUGCUUAUCGCGCGGGUGAAGAUAGUGAUCCUGGUGGUGGCACUGUGGAGAACAUUCCUCACGGUCCUGUCCAUGUAUGGACUGGUGAUAACACACAACCUAACUUUGAAGAUAUGGGCAGUCUCUACUCUGCGGGUAGAGACCCCAUUUUCUUCUCUCACCACGCUAAUGUGGAUAGGAUGUGGUCUAUAUGGAAAACACUUGGUGGGAAAAGAAAUGAUAUAUCUGAUUCUGAUUGGUUAGAGUCUGGUUUUGUUUUCUAUGAUGAGAAUAAGAACCUUGUUCGUGUGAAGGUGAAGGAUUGUCUUGAUACUAAAAAGCUUGGUUAUGUUUACCAAGAUGUUGAUGUUCCAUGGUUACAAACUAAGCCUACACCACGUAGGGGUAGCCUUCAAAGAGUGGUUCAAAAGAGCUUGGGUGUGGGUGCAGCACGGGCUGAUGAGACUUCCAAAGAAACUAAGUUUCCUUUGCUUUUGGAUUCAACUGUGAGGGUUAUCGUGAAGAGGCCAAGGAAAGGUAGGAAUGAGAAGGAGAAGAAAGAAGAAGAGGAAGUGUUGGUGAUAGAAGGGAUUGAGUUUGAAAGAGAAUUAGGUGUGAAGUUUGAUGUCUAUAUUAACGAUGAAGAUGAUGUGCCAGGUGGGCCAACUAAGACUGAGUUUGCGGGAGGCUUUGUGAGUGUGCCUCAUAAGCACAAGCACAAGCAAGGGAAGAUGAAGACGAACUUCAGGAUUGGGAUAACAGAGUUGUUGGAGGAUUUAGGUGUUGAAGAUGAUGAACAUGUGGUCGUGACUUUGGUGCCUAAGUUUGGGAAAGGGCAUGUCACCGUCGGAGGUAUCAAGAUAGAGUUUCACAAGUGA